CUAAACAUAGCUUUCAUCGUUUAAUCCUCUCCUCCAUAGAUUCUCCAACUAUUUUCUGUUUCUCUUUCCGACACAACCACGAAAAACGAGCAGUUUUUGUCUUGCUGGGGUUUCUGCUUCUGUUUCCAUGGCUUUGAUCAAACAUCCUUAGGUUGCAGAAACAAGCCUCCAGUUUUCUCUAUUGGUGCUUGAGCCAUGAACGAGAAACUCCGGAUUUUGUUUUCCUUCCUCUGUUUCUUCUAUGUUCUUCUGGUUUCUCUAUCUCAAUCUAAUGGCCAAGAUAUCUCGUUGAGCUGCGGAGCGUCACAACCAGCUGUUGAUCAAGAUAAGAAAAAAUGGGAACCCGAUACAAAAUUCUUGAAAACGCCAAACACGGUCCAUGCACCCGCUACUUAUCAAGAUCCUUCGCUUCUUUCGACGGUUCCUUACAUGACUUCAAGAAUCUUUACAGCUCCCGCGACUUAUGAGAUCCCGAUUAAAGGAGACAAAAGACAUUUGCUUCGCUUACAUUUCUAUCCAUCGACAUACACAGGACUCAACAUUAGCGACUCUUAUUUCGCUGUGGCAGCUAACGAUGUUACCCUUCUCAGCAAUUUUAGUGCAGCUAUCACAUGUCAAGCCUUGACGCAGGCUUACCUCGUGAGAGAGUACUCUCUUGCACCAUCCGAAAAAGAUGUUUUGAGCAUCAUAUUUACUCCUUCGGAUAAACACCCAAAAGCUUUUGCUUUCAUAAAUGGUAUUGAGGUUAUUCAGAUGCCAGAACUAUUUGAUACAGCUUCUCUUGUUGGAUUCUCAGACCAGACAUCAGAUACUAAGACCGCGAAUCUUCAGACGAUGUUUAGGCUUAAUGUUGGUGGGCAGGAUAUUCCUGGAAGCCAAGACUCCGGUGGAUUAACCAGAACUUGGUACAAUGACGCGCCUUAUAUAUUCAGCGCAGGUCUUGGUGUUACCUUGCAAGCAAGCAAUAAUUUCAGGAUUGAUUAUCAGAAAAUGCCGGUUUCUACCGCUCCAGCUGAUGUUUACAAAACAGCUCGAUCACAAGGGCCAAACGGAGAUAUCAACAUGAAAUCAAAUCUUACUUGGAUGUUUCAAGUUGACACUAAUUUCACCUAUAUCAUGAGGCUCCAUUUCUGUGAAUUCCAGCUUUCUAAAAUCAACCAGAAAGUUUUCAACAUUUUCAUCAACAACAGAACCGCGCAAGGGGAUACAAACCCCGGAGAUAUACUCGCUUGGUCAGGUGGGAAAGGUGUCCCAACUUACAAAGAUUACGCGAUAUAUGUUGAUGCUAACACCGGAGGAGGAGGGGAAGAGAUAUCGCUUCAGAUGACGCCAUCAACAUUUGGUCAACCGGAAUAUUAUGAUGCACAGCUUAACGGGCUAGAGAUUUUCAAGAUGGACACAAUGAAGAAUCUUGCCGGUCCAAACCCGAAGCCAUCGCCUAUGCAAGCCAACGAAGAUGUUAAAAAGGAAUUUCAAGGUAACAAAAGAAUCACAGCUUUCGUCAUUGGUUCCGCUGGAGGAGUAGCAACGGUUUUACUUUGCGCAUUGUGUUUCACAAUGUACCAAAGAAAAAGAAAAUUUUCGGGCAGCGAAUCUCACACAUCGAGUUGGCUUCCUAUAUAUGGAAACUCCCACACAUCUGCAACAAAAUCUACUAUUUCCGGUAAGAGCAACAACGGAAGCCACCUAUCGAAUCUCGCAGCGGGUUUAUGUCGAAGAUUUUCAUUGUCGGAAAUAAAAAACGGAACUCAUAACUUCGAUGAGUCAAACGUAAUCGGAGUAGGAGGGUUUGGUAAGGUUUACAAAGGAGUUAUAGAUGGAGGCACAAAAGUAGCAAUCAAGAAAUCUAACCCUAAUUCAGAACAAGGGCUUAACGAAUUCGAGACGGAAAUCGAACUUCUCUCAAGAUUAAGACACAAACACUUAGUCUCCUUAAUCGGAUACUGCGAUGAAGGUGGAGAAAUGUGUCUAAUAUACGAUUACAUGUCUCUUGGAACACUCAGGGAACAUCUUUACAACACAAAGAGACCUCAGUUAACUUGGAAACGAAGACUCGAAAUCGCCAUUGGAGCUGCAAGAGGAUUACAUUACCUACACACUGGAGCAAAGUACACAAUCAUACAUCGUGACGUGAAAACAACUAACAUCUUACUAGAUGAGAAUUGGGUUGCUAAAGUUUCAGACUUUGGAUUGUCAAAAACAGGACCAAACAUGAACGGUGGUCAUGUCACAACCGUCGUUAAAGGAAGUUUCGGUUACUUGGAUCCAGAAUAUUUCAGAAGACAACAGUUAACUGAGAAGUCAGAUGUGUACUCAUUUGGAGUUGUUCUUUUCGAGGUUUUAUGCGCUAGACCAGCUUUAAACCCUAGUUUAUCUAAAGAACAAGUUAGUCUUGGAGAUUGGGCUAUGAAUUGUAAACGUAAAGGGACUUUAGAAGACAUUAUUGAUCCUAAUCUUAAAGGAAAGAUUAAUCCAGAGUGUUUGAAGAAGUUUGCUGAUACGGCGGAGAAGUGUUUAUCUGAUAGUGGAUUAGAUCGGCCAACGAUGGGAGAUGUUUUGUGGAAUCUUGAAUUUGCACUUCAGUUACAAGAAACUGCUGAUGGGUCACGUCACCGAACACCGAGCCAUGGCGGUGGUUCCGUUGAUUUAGGCGGAGGAGGAGGAGUGGCGGUGAACAUCGGUGCCGGAGAAAGUGACUUGGGUGAUGACUUGUCAUCUGAAGAAAACAGUGGAAUAUUUUCUCAGAUUGUAAAUCCUAAAGGACGAUAAGGCAAAGAAAAUAAAAAGAGGAAUAUGGA